AUGGCUACACACAACAACCAUCAAACAAGCUCACAAACACUCCAAACAAGUCAGGAUCUCGUUUCACAAGUCAUUCUUCCCUUCUUGCAGAAUAGUCCUCGAUCCAUUUACAAUUUUUCUCUCGCAUGUCGAUCGCUCUAUCAAAUAAUUUGUAACAACAACAUUUGGUUGGAAAUUCUAUGUGAACAUUUUGAUGAAUUAAACCCUUCCCUUGUGCAUGAUUAUCAUUCCAUGAAGACUGAAUUACCAUUCUCGAAGCUUGAAAAAAAGAAGAAAAAUUGUCACUCACCUCCUCCGACCCUCAUGACCUUGUAUUUCCGAAUGAACUAUUUUUCAACGCAUCCCGAUGAAAUACCUGAGAACUUUUAUUCAAAUGAGAAAUCAACCAUACCAAUGAAACAACAAGUAUCACAGCCAAUUCUUUUUGCGGCUGCCUCUUCGGGUGGAUUUACCUAUGCAGAGGGAUUUUGUAAUCAAUUAAUAUCUCACCACUUUUCCGAACAAUACGAGCCAUGCACACCAAAUACUUAUUUUCAAGGCGAACGAAAAAUCUCGAAUGAUCAAGUGGUGAAAUUUGAACUGGAAUACUUGUCAUUGCAGGAUGGAUUAUCAUCCAUCAUGAAUGGUAAAAAGUUGAGUGGAAUCAUUUUUGUGCUCGUGUUGCAUCGAGGUUUUGUACACGACUUGUCAGAGAGUGAAAAAACAAUGUGGAACGAAAUGGAUGAACGAUUCGAAGGAUUUGAGGAAUUAGUUCAACAAGUCAAGUUGGAAAAAAAACAAUCAUUUGUGUACACUAUUGCUGUUCAUUCAUCAGGUGGUUUGGAACAAGAUGAAAAAGUAUUGCAAUUCGUUCGAGAUUAUGUCAAGACGACAUUUAAUUUGAGAACUUUUCAUCUAGCACUGUGUGAUUUAUAUGUACAUGAUCAAGUAGAGACAGUCAUGAUCGAUAGUUUGAAACUCGUACAAAAAUUCCAAGUGGAUACGAAUCGACUUUUCAUCUAUCUUUCCAAUGAUGAGAAAAAUCACAUCACGCAAUUGAAUCAUUCCAAAAAUUGUCUCACCAUGUAG